GACAUUUGUUAUUCUGGGAGUGUGAGACGUUCAGGGUCCGAUCGGUCCUUCAGUCGUGUCUGCAUGUCUCCCCAGAUUUUCUCCUUAAAUCCUUUCCUACCGGACCCGGAUGAAGGUAAACUCUCUCCCCUUUGCGCUCUCUUACCCCGGACACUCAGCCAAAUUCAUUUUGGGAAAAAUUUGACACCUAAAUCUACCUUAAGGAUGAUCCGGAUCCCUUUAGCCCGCAGUCCUGCUCGAUGAAUCCGGGCAGAGCGCUUCCUGGAGCCGCGACAAAAACUAAUCCAGCUCGGUGCUUUCAGCCCGGUGUGCACUUUGACCGGGUACAUUUAGAGUCCACUUUGUUUUCUUCGUGUAAUUAAUAAUUAAACAAGUAAAUGACUCAAAAACUAAAAGGAGAUCUAGGUCUGCAGCGGGUUUACCUGAGAUUCAGGUGAGACAGCUGCGGAACUUCAGCUGAACGGGCCGAUUAGAAUGUCACACCGUGUCCCAUUAACAUCAUAGCUAUCACCCAAACAAUGUAAAUAUUUACAAAGCAAUAAGUAAAACUAACUGUUUAUUAGGAUACAGAGUCCCCAAGAAAAGCAGUUAUCGUUGUUGUUAUUAUUAUUAUAGUUGUUUUUACUAUUUUUACUAUACAUUUAAGUAAAUAAAAGAUUUUCCAAUAUUUAAAUAGAGCAGUUAUGAGUAGAAUUUUAGAAUUAUACACUUCAGCGUUUGAAAUGAUCUAUUCUUCGUUAUUACAUAACAUGUCUCAAAAUAAAUCUUAAUCGUAUUCGUUUUUCCAUAAUAAUAUUUAAAAAUGUGGAUAAAAUGUAUCCAUGUUUACAUGAUUUCACUCUAUGCCCCAAACAACAUGUUUAAAUAGAAUAUUUAUCAUCUCUUAUAUAUGGUACUAUUUUCUUCCCUAUAUGAUGAGCCAUAUUUAAUUAAGAUGAUGUGUUGGAUAAUACAACAUUAAGUUCUAAUCCAUAAUUUGGUGUUGGUGUUAGAAUUAUUGAAUGUGCCUUUUCUUUCUUAAGAUUAACAGGUAUGCCCAAAGAAAAAUAUGACCCUCCAGAUCCUCGUCGAUGUUAUACCAUCAUGUCAGCUGAGGAAGCAGCCAGUGGGAAGAAGUCUCAUUGGGCUGAACUAGAGAUCUCAGGUGGGUUCACCCAAAAAGAUUUUUUGUCAUCCUGGAUUAAUUCAUGAGUCCACUUAAUCUCUUCCUUAAGAUGAAACACACUGCAGACAAAAGCACUGUCAAACAUCUCCUUCCUCUACAGUCAUGGUGACAGUGUUUCAUGGAGAUCAGUGAGCUUCAUAGUAGGAUGGAGUGAAGGUCUCUGAAUGUACCACAUAAGGUUUUUGUAGGGAAUUCAGUUCCUGGUCCUGACCAGUGAUUCAUAGAUGGAUGUGUUUGGGCUCAGCAGUUCAGCAAAGGUCCGCUUGAGCUACGACAAUAUGGAAUUUUAUGGCAAGACAUCCUGUCACUAUCUAGCCGCCUUGGCCAUGCCUUCUGAUGAAAACUCAGGUUUGAGUCAUGAACAACAUCUCAAGAAAGUCCUGACCAAAAGUGGCAGUUUGACAUUUCUUUUUACCACCAGGGGGUGCUAUGACUUUAAUAUCUUACAACUGAUGAAGGUUCCCUUUCAGUCGAUUCACUCGGUACAACACAUAUAGUAUGGGAUAUCACACCCCCGCGUGGCCUGACUGACUUCACCUUUAUUUACACCUUUAAGGCAGAUGAUCUGUGGUGACGUCUGGAAAGCUCCGCCUGCACAUAUGUAUGUGUAACACCACAGUCAUCCUUCAGUUCUUACGCUCUUCACCUCGCUGAGAACACCGCCACCGAGUCGGGCUAACUAGCUGCUGCUAGCUUAGCCUGGUCUUGUUUGUGGCUACUGCCUGAUCGAUUUUAGCUUAACUGCCCCUGUUGGUGUUAGCCUGCGGCUACCCGUGGAGCGCUAAUUUCGUUCAGCUUCUGCAUCUUGUAAUGAGCGCUUAGUCCAUGAAAGUGAAGGCGAAGUCUUCUGUUCGCCUCUGUCCUCAGGGGUGCGGCUUCUCCCUUCACGUGAAAGAUCUCCAUGAGGCUUGUUCCGUUUGCCUGGGGAUUGUCCAUGCCAGGAGGGCGUUGACUGAGCCCGAGUCGUGUGAGUCCUGUCACAGGCUUCGGAGCUCAUCCCUGGGAAGGCGGGUCAAGUUUGUGGAGAAAAUAUUAGGAAAAAAUGCUGUUGUGCUGCACGAUCCCCUCCUCUCCGAGUCCAGGGACCCGGCUUUGUCCGAGUCCGGUGGUGAGGACUUUCUGGUCGAAGGCUCAGUUGGAAACUGGGCGGACCAUGUGGAGUGUGCCGAUGGGUCAGCUGGAUUUGAGCCGGGCCCCUCCAAGGGCGCUGGCCAGCCACUAUCUGGGCUAGCUUGUUACCAGGAGGACGAUUACUUGCUUGACAUCAGCCUGGACGGAGGAUGAGCAGUUGUCUCCAGGUCAGUAUGCCGCUGCUGCUGCGCCGGUUGAGCUGGAUGACACAUCCCUCCUCUCACUGUACUGCUGUGCAGCUGAGAAACUGGAAGUAGAAUGGCCCUCUCCUCCACCGGCUCAAAAAUCUUUGUGGUUCUCAGUUUUUUUUCUCCCACCUGAACCGACGACUGUUAAGAAUAGUUGGCCCAUGUUACCAGAUUUUGCUCGUGGAACUAACCGCGACAUGGAACAAGCCGCUGUCCACCCGCGCCACAGUGCCCGGUUGUGGACAGUUUCUGGAUCUGGAUGGAGCUGAAAAAGCUGGUUUGGUGAACCCUCCGCCUAUGGAGGCGUCCCUGGCAGCCUAUCUGGCCCCAGCCCAAAAUUAUGGUGUCAGUGACCCCAUCACGCUCCCAUCCAAGCACUGCAGGUUUUCAGCAUCACAGCUGGAUAAGAUUUACAGGACACAGGCUAGUACAGCCCGUGCACUGAGCUCCGUCACCAUGCUUCAGACAUAUCAGGCUAUGUGUCUGGCAGAACUUGGCUCACGUAUGCCUCCUGACAGUCCGCUUUCUCCUCUCCUCAAUGAAGUUAGAGUCGCCACAGAUUACAUUCUCUAUGUGUUCUGCUUUGCAGAGCUCUCUCGAGGUAGAGGCAUGGCUUCUACGGUGGUGGCACAGAGGCACCUGUGGCUGACUCUCCGACAUUCCGGAGAGGGACAGAGCGGUUUAUCUUGACGAGCCUGUGUCGGCCAGCGGUUUGUUUGGACAGUCCCUCGAUGCCAUUCAGGCUAAGUUUGAGCUGAGGAAGAAACAAACCAAAGCUUUGAGAAGCAUCCUCCCCAGGCGUGAUGCGAGGCCCAAACAACAGGGUUGGCCGGUGAAGCGGCAUGUACCCGGUCAGAACCCACGCCCCUCGGCUUGGAACAAUGGUCCACCACCGGGCCUCCAGAGGGGAUCAGCGCCCGGGAAAAAGACACAGCAGUCAUCCUAGCUUCGGGAUCGACUCGAGAGGGGCCCCAGCAGCACAGAGACACUGCAGCCCUUCAGUUUUUGCCGCCAAAGAAGCCGCGUUUAAAGUUUGUUCAGGGGUCCGGUCCCGAGAGGAGCUGUACUCCCUUAACACAGUCUCCCAAGCACAAUCUUCCCUCACACACGCAUGCCCCAAUAAUGGCGCCUGUUGUUCACUGUGUGAAUGUUACAAAUGUGCAAUCGUCGAGUCAAAUAAAGGUUUUGUUUUGUUCUCAAAUCAUCAUAAAUCAAUUAAGUCUGGGUGUGAAAGUGUUGCUGUUCCCAGCCGGCACGCGAGAGGGCGACAACCCCUUCCCCACAGUGCUGGAGGUCAGUCGACUGACUGUUCAUGUCCCUCGGUGGUGCGCAUGCGCAGCCUCACCGUGGGUAGAGAGAACCGUUGCCAUGGGCUACCGCUUACAGUUCAGGGCCCGGUCGCCUUGCUUCCUCUCUGUAAUAUACACAGUUGUAGCAGAGGAAGCAGCAGCAAUGCUGAGGAAAGAAAUAAACAACUUGUUGAACAAGAAAGCGAUACGAGUUGUUCCCGCUUCGGAAACAAACAAAGGUUGGUACAGCCGCUAUUUUGUUGUUCCGAAAAAAGGAGGAGGGCUCCGUCCUCUUCUAGACUUGCGAGUGUUAAACAAAUACCUAUGAACCUACAGGUUCAAGAUCAGACCUGGGCAUUUUACGGCCCGCGACCCGACUCUGACCGACCCGCGAAAGGUUGCUUGGAAUUUAGAAAAUAAAACCUACUUUUGAAUUUUAAUGCGUGGACUAAAACAAUAGGAUGUAAAAACUAAUGCUUUUACUUUGAAGCCUGUUUAUUUAUGUACAGUGAACGUAGCCUACGACGUCGUAUACGUAAUCCGUAAAACAAGUCAAUCAGUGCACAUGAUUAGCGGCCAUUGUCACCCCUCAACGGUGUACGGGCAUGUUAAAAAAAAGAAAGGUGGACGCUGAAGGCCGAAAUUUCAAGAAGAUUUGGAGCACUAAAUAUUUGUUUACUGAAGUCGGUGGUAAACCCGUCUGUUUAGUUUGUGGUGAGCAGAUCGCUGUGUUCAAGGAGUACAAUUUGAGUCGGCAUUAUGAGACAAAACAUGCAGAGAAAUACAGACACUUGGCGGAGGCUGAGAGAGCGCGAAUUUCGGAAGACUUGCUAGCAAAGCUGGCAAAACAACAAGGCUAUUAUACCAAGCUACACACAGCCCGGGAUGCAGCGACCAAGACCAGCUUUGUAAUAUCCCACAAAAUCGCAAAAAACUGUAAGCCAUUCUCGGAUAGUGAGUUUGUGAAAGAGUGCUUGGUGGACUCUGCCACGCUAAUAUGCCCUGAUAAUAAAGAAGCAUUUGAAAAAGUCCCGCUGUCCAGGCGAACCGUCACCAGAAGGGUAGAAGGCAUCACGGAGGAUCUCAAACUUCAGCUAAAAAGUGGAGUUUAAAGUUUUGAGUUUUUCUCUUUGGCUUUGGAUGAGAGCUGUGAUGUCCAUGACACUGCCCAGUUACUGGUAUUUCUCCGAGGAAUAAGGCAGGACUUCAAGAUUACGGAGGAGCUGGCAGCAUUGAGGUCAAUAAAAGGAACGACAACGGGGAGCGAGCUGUUCAAGGAGGUAGAUGCAUGCAUGGUCAAGCUUGGACUAAAAUGGGACAAACUGGAAGUCGUCACUACUGAUGGUUGUCCGAAUAUGACGGGGGAAAAUGUCGGACUUUUGAAACAGAUCCAAGAUAAAGUGACUGAACUCGGCUCAGAGCAUAAGUUGGUGUUGAUACAUUGUAUUAUACAUCAGCAUGCGUUGUGCAGGUCUGUGCUAAAACUUAACCAUGUUAUUAAUGUUGUAACCAAAACGGUUAACUUUAUCAGGGCACGAGCAUUAAAUCACAGGCAGUUUGUUGCACUUUUAGAGGAGCAUGAGAAUGAACAUGGUGACAUCAGGUGGCACACAGCUGUCAGAUGGCUCAGUCUGGGCAAAGUGCUAAAAAGAUUUUGGGACCUGAAAACAGAGAUUCAAGAGUUUUGUAAAAACAUUGAGGAUGAAAUGCACCUGGUUUCCUCUCCCUUUACCUGCAGAGUAGAUAAUGCACCCAGUGACAUUCAGCUAGAGCUCAUUGACCUGCAGUCUGACACAGUACUGGCAGAGCACUUUAAGUCAGCAUCACUGCUGGAGUUCUACUCCUCUCUCAAAGAGGAGAACUUUCCAAACAUGAGGAGACAUGCUCAGAAGAUGUUGGUUCUGUUUGGAUCUACCUACAUAUGUGAACAAACAUUCUCAGUAAUUAAGUUUACCAAAUCCUCUCUUACUGAUGAUCAUCUGUCAGCUGUACUUCGCAUUUCCACCUCAGACAUUCAGCCUGACUUUGAUGCACUUGUCCAGCAAAGGCUAGAUUUCUCUCACUGAACAAGAAAAGAAUACUGAAAUGUGUUCAUUUUUACUUUUUGCCUGCACAGUUUUACAAUCUGUGAAAAGAAAAAAUGUGACAUAUCUUGUUAAUGAUAUUUGGCAUUGUGGUGUUUUAAUAGAAAGAAGUGUUUUAAGGUUAAUGUAAUUUUAAAAAGAGUUACGAAUGUUUCAUGUUUACCAUUGUUUUGAAAACUGCACUGAAGAAAAUAUUUUUUUUUUGUGGAAAAAAAAACCUCUCACUUUCUCAUUACCUAAUAAUAAUAAUACAGACACUUACCAGCUAGUGUAAACAAUGCCAUUUACUGCUUUCAAUUUAUAAUUAAAAUUUAUACGUAGAAAAGAGUUUAAACUUUUGGCCCGGCCCUCCACAAUAUUUUCUGCUUCUCAUUUGGCCACUUGGGAAAAAUAAUUGCUCACCCUUGUUUAAGAUGCUAACACUCAGACAGCUACUGGGCGCGAUCAGACCGGGAGAUUGGUUUACAACUAUCGAUCUGACAGAUGCUUCCUUUUACCUAGCGAUUCAUCCGCACCACAGGCAUUUUCUAAGGUUUGCAUUCGAGGGGAUAGCCUACGAAUACCUGGUGCUGCUGUUCGGCUUAUCACUCGCCCCCCGAACAUUCACCAAAUAUGUCAAGGCGGCAUUGGCUCCGCCACGGGAGAAAGGUGUUCGCAUCUUAGCCUAUCUGGAUGAUUGAGUGCUAAUUGGGAGCUCCAGAGAGCGAGCAGUGGCUCAGCUGUCAUUGACCCUAUCGCUCAUCCAAACACCGGGCCUUUCGGUAAAUUUACAGAAAAGUUCACUGACUCCGAGUCAACAGGUAUCAUUUCUUGGGCUGGAAAUAUGCACCGUUUCAAGCCGAGCACGUCUGUCAGAACGCAGGGUGGCUGUGUUUCGCUGCUGCCUCGCACAAUUUCUGUUGGGAUGCAAACUGUGUUUCUGGAGGAUUUUACAGCUGCCAGGCAUGACGGCAUCUAUGAUUGCUGUAGUGCCACUCGGACUGUUAAAAAUGAGAGCAUUUUAAGGCUGGACUCCGUCUCACCGGCCACGCAGCGUCACCUCCAGAGUAGGCUGACAAUAACACCGUCUUGCAUGUUGGCUCUUCUCCCGUGGAGAGAACCCGUUUUUUUCUACAACACAAGGUGGUGUCCACAGACGCAUCCCUGAGGGGUCGGGGGGCUCUGUGGGAAGGCGCAGCAGUGGGAGGGGUUUGGACGCCAGCACAAUGCAAGCUCCACAUCAAUUACCUGGAGCUAUUAGUUACCCUUUUAGCUCUGAAGCACUUUCGUCCCGUUCUGUUAGGCCAUCAUGUUCUGAUCAGGACGGACAACACAACCGUGGUUUCCUACAUAAACAAGCAAGGAGGGACACGCUCUCUUCCCCUGUUUAAACUGUCUCACUAUCUGUUGCUAUGGUGCAGUGCUCAUUUUCUGUCCCUCAGAGCCACACAUAUUCCGGGUCACUUAAACCUUGGGCCGGACCUUCUCUCCAGGGGGGGUCCUCUUGUGAGAGAGUGGAGAUUGCACCCACUAGUGAUGGCUCAGAUAUGGGACCACUUUGGCAGGGCAGAAGUAGAUCUUUUUGCCUCCAGAGCAAAUAUUCCUUGCCCCCUGUUCUUUUCCAUAACAGACUGCAAUGCUCCCCUGGGAAUGGAUGCGCCAACUCAUCCAUGGCACAGCACGCUGCUAUAUGCAUUUCCCCCAGUGGUUCUGGAGAAGGUGUGCCAGCAGGGGCUCUCCCUGAUCCUGGUGGCUCCUCGCUGGCCGGUGAAGUCGUGGUACGCAGAUAUAAUCAGUCUGCUGGCAGCAACCCUGGUAGCUCCCUUUUUGCAGGGACCUCCUCUUCCAGGCGUGAGGAGAGGUGAUUCACCCAUGCCCAGAACUGUGGCGACUACAUGCUUACAUGUUGAAAGGUCAAACUUAAUAGCUCAGGGUCUGCCCCCAAAUGUGGUGGCAACAAUCCAGAGUGCAAGGGCAUCAUCUACUAGGGGUGUACAUGCCUAUAAAUGGCAGGCGUUUGAGCAGUGGUGUCAGGACCAAAAUGUACUCCCAUUUCAGAGUUCUAUUGUGGAUGUUUUAACAUUCCUUCAGGACCUGCUUGAUAGGGGUCUCUCUUUCUCAACAAUUAAGGUCUAUUUGGCGGCUAUGUCUGCAUGCCAUGUUGGCUUUGAUGGUGUGACGCCAGGCGCUCACCCUCUUGCUAUGUGCUUCCUAAAGGGAGUCUGCAGGCUAAGACCUGUUCUUAAACCCAGGGUUCCCUCAUUGGAUUUAGGGCUGGUGCUUGAGGCUCUUGGUGGACCCCCAUUUGAGCCUAUUGAGUCAGCAGACAUAAAAUUUCUUUCAUACAAGACUGCACUGCUACUUGCUUUGACGUCUGCAAAGCGAGUGGGCGACCUUCAUGCUUUGUCUGUGCAUCCCUCUUGUACCCAGUUCACUCUGGAUGGAUCUAAGUUAACAUUGUGCCCAAAUGCGGUGUAUUUGCCUAAGAUUAUCCCCACAGCCUAUAGCUCUAUGAGUUUUGAACUGCUGAGCUUCUGCCCCCCUCCAUUUGCAUCUGAGGAGCAGAGGAGGUUGCAUUCCUUGUGCCCUGUGUGUGCACUACACACUUACGUGGACCGCACUCAGUGUGCGUUUAUGUGACCAGUUGUUUGUCUGCUUUGCUAAUCCAGCCAAGGGCAAGGCGCUGUCUAAGCAGCGACUUUCCCACUGGAUUGUGGAGGCUAUCUCCUAAGCAGAGAGGACAUUCAACCUGGGGAAUGGCGGCCUCUUGGGCCUUGUUUAAAGGGGUUUCUGUAAGCAAUAUCUGCACUGCAGCCAGUUGGUUACCACCACACACUUUUGUUCGGUUUUAUCGUUUGGAUGUGACAGCACCUUCAGUGGCUCACUCUGUCCUUUCUGCUGGGUCUACAAUGCACUAAAAGUUUUGGAGGUUUGACUUCGGUUCGGUGGCUGCUCUGAGGGGCGUGUUUAUAUGUCCCAUACUAUAUGUGUUGUACCUCGUUCCUUUCCUUCAGGGAACAGAAGUUAUAUUCAUAACAUUUCAUUUUAAGGCUUGGAUUUUGAACAUGACUGGCUGAGGUAACUAAUUCCUCAGGGAUUCUUGAGAGUCGGGACAAAACACUUCCUAAAAAACUUUUUUUGAGAAUGCACACUAUAUUGAUUAGAGUUAUUUAUUACUGUAGAGAAAGGUCUUAGCUAUUUAACCCCGUAAAGGAACAGGCUCUAAAUAAAAACAUUUUUUCUAUAAAUUAACAUGUUUCCCUUAGACAGUGGAUUUGUGUCAACUCCAUCAGACACACAAAAAAGAAUAUAAUUUUAAUAAUUCUAGUCCAACAAGAAUCUAAAGUUCUGAUGUAUGUUGUAAUAGUGUUUAGUUACUCUGAUAUGCCAUGAAAUAUAAUAUAUAAACCUAAUGUGUGAUUUCACACUAUUUUGAAAACCAAGAUUUCUAAAUAGUUGCAUUUUCAAACUUUGUUUUUAAUUUUUAUAUUAUAAAAACAAUUUCUGUAAGUAAAUAAGACACAAGAGGAUGUAGAGCCAAUGCUCCUUUAUUACUUAAACAAUAUAAACUGAAGAAACAAUUUUUUUUUUCUCCAAAAUUGAAGAAAAACAUACAUCUGACGGUGUUGACGAACACCUGACGGAGUUGACGAGAAACUGACGGAGUUGAUGACAUUGCAUAUGUUAUUGAACAAAUGUGUUUUUAAACCGAUCGACAAUAGGUCAAUAGGUGAAAAUAGAUUAAGAACUAAUAACUCCUUGUUUUCAUACUGAACAUACCGUUAAUGCAAUUAACCACCGCGCCGACAAGGCGUUUCCAAGCACAUUUUCGUAUUUUGGUGAGUUGUGCAGCCCGGCAUAAGUAUCCCCCCUCCCCUAACUCAGCUCCUUCCAGCGGCGUAGGUCAUAGGGAGGGAGGAGAGAGGGCGUUGAGUGGGUUUAACACAGCCGAGACCUGUAUUGACCAAUAACAUCAGCUCUUCUUCUCGCCUUUGAAUCCGCCACUAGCGAGGCGUAUUACCAUUUUCGUGAAGUAGUCAAAGAGAUCAAGAGAUGUCUGAAGACAGCAAUGCCACACGAUGGCGACAGAAGGCAGCUCCUCAACAAGUGUCACUGUAAGCGCUGCAUUGGGCGUCCUCCGCACUGUCUCAUAUAAGCACAGAUGGAUUUGGUGUGUGUAAUGUUGGACCCACUGGUAAGACAAACACCCUUUUCCACAAAUAAAGACAAUCACAUUAAAUUGGAUAUAUUUAAACCUCACGUGACAAAGGUGGGUUGUGCGCAAAGGUCACAACAUAAAUUCGAAUAAUGGCAUUAAAAUCGGAACCAAUCUGUGUGUAAAUCGUGCUCCGUGGCCUGGCUCUUUCUUUCAUAGAUGUUGACAUAUAAAAUAAAUUUGGCUCACAAAACUGAUUAUUAUAAUAUUUGUAUGUAGGCUUAAAGUAAAAAACUCAUCUGAUCACUGGAACAAAUCAUCUGUUCAGCUGCCGCAGCAGCAGCUGCAGCAGGACGGGUAGAGGACACGGAGACAUGUCCAGGUUGAGCUGUGUGAGAAAUAAGAGGAAGAGGAAGCUAGAAAUGGGGGCAGACAAAUUAAAUAUCUUGUUAACUUCAUCAUGUGUAUUUAUUUACUAGAUAUUUGAUUCAAUUUCAUUCGGAUUCAGCAGCUGUGUUAAUUUGGUCAGGUUGAGUGUCCAAACGCAUGCCAAAUGCGCUCAUCAGAUCAGAUAUAGAUCAGAAUAUAUCGAUAUAGAUCUAAAUGUAUGUGCUGACACAGAUUAUUAGUUGUUAUUGAUUAUUUAUUGCACGGAAAUGUUCCUGACACUGUGGAAACCUGCUGGUGAGGCCGAUAUACCGCCGGUCUCCCAAAAUACCACUAGCCCAUCCGGAUCCACCUGCGCUGAAAGCUGACCAGGUUUGAAUCUGCGAGCUUUCAGCGCACUUUACAUGCCGGCAACAAGUACAAAAAUGUCACUGCACCAGCUGAUUCUGUGGACACCUCACCCUGCCACACAUCCACGCCCAGCUUGGCGGACCUCGGUGCACCUCAGUCCACGAAAAUACCAAACUGGCUGUACGCUGAGCUCCGCCAGACGAAAAUGCCACUGCGCGGGGUUCGCUACCCUCCGCCAUGUCGCCGGUGGACACAAAAAUAGAGCCCAAGGUCUGAGGGUCCAAGUUAACAAUGUAAAAAUAAUAACCUUUUUCUUCUAUCUGGUAUCCCACCUACACUGGGGUUUAAAAGAGCAACAUAGAACUUCUUGCGCACUCUAUAAGAAGCCAGUGUGUAGAUUUUAGGUAGUGAAAAUUACAUACUGCACCUUUAGGAUUGUACAUUAAUCAAUCAAUCAAUGAGAUUAGGUGUGUGUGUGUGUGUGUGUGUGUGUGUGUGUGUGUGUUGGGAAAGUUUGACAGUUAUAAUUAAGCAGACAGCCUGCCCAUGGUCUACUCUACAAAACAGAAGUAUAUGGUAAAAUAACGUAAUAUAUGCUAUAUAUGUACUUUUAUGUGCAGAUAAGACCCUGGAAUAACAUUGUUAUCCUUAACCAUGUUCAAAAAUAGCAUAAUGUCAGCACAUAAAGAGGUUAUAGGUGGAUUUGUCAACUCCAUCAGCUUACAUGUCAACUCCGUCAGACACAAAAUCUGACGGAGUUGAUGUCUGACGGAGUUGACGUAAGGGCAUGUAUUUUCCCUCCAAAACAUUUAUUGUACAGUGCAGCUAGGUACUUUUUUGGCAGUUGCUAGCUGUCCUGAUAAUCUCACUAAAAUACUUUAAUUGAACUCACUAUGGUUUAAAAAAAAGUAUAAUAACAGAGGGACGGUGUUGACAUGGUCCAGCUGUGACCAUACAAACAUUGACAUUGUUUGUCUAAAAUAUCAAAAACUGUAAAACCUACCAGACCAUGUGUGGUGGUGUUGCAUUCACCAGAAGCAGGAAAUGAAAAGGGGUCCUCAGGGAUAUAGCUGACCAUGAUAUUGCAUGAUUUAAUGAGGUUUAUAGAAUAAUCUGAUGGAGUUGACAGAAACUGAGGACACAACUUUGAUAGGCAGAUUUUUAGGCAAAAAGCUAUUUGAUGUUCAGGCCAUUCAUUGUUUAUAUAUUUAUAGCCCUGAAUUUUUAUUUGAUGUAUAUGUUUUCACAAUUAUAGAGUUUUUUAAGGUUUUUUGGGGCUGGUCAAUAUUGUGACCUCUUGCUGAGGACACAACCAAUAACAUGGACCUUCUAACCACAGACGUUUCAUUUAAACAAAUAUCCCCCCAAAAAGUAAAUAUCUGUGCUAAAAAAUAGGAUUGGUAUACACAAAUCCAUUAGAUUUAACUUUUUGAGUAUGUCAAACAUUUAGAAUUUCUUAAUUGUUUUGAAUAAAUUAGACUUUUCUAUGUAGGACAUGUUUUGUCCCGACUCUCAAGAAUGGGUGUCCUGUGUCAUGGCAGAAAACCCAACUUUAAAGGCCUGCCAUGGCCACAUCCAUUAACUCUUGAACAGAAGCAGAGAAACCAGUCUCCUGUUUCUUCCUAAAGCCAGUUUGAAGUGGAUUUGUCAGUGGAAAUAAACUGUAGCAGAGACAAUUGUUUUUGCUUUUCACCUUAAAUUCACCCUCAAAGGAAUGCAGAGUCCCCUGGUCACUGAAAGGAGAUGGGGGUGAACUUCCACACCAAAAUUAUGGCCUUUUACAACCCCCUGGAAAAUAACUAAGAGGUGCUCUCCCACUAUCUCCCAGGCAGAUAGUCAAUCUUUUACACUUCAAAGAGACCCCAGACCAAAUAAACAUUCACCUUCUCACCUUGGCUGGGCUAACUCAUAGCUGACACUUCAGCCUUAAGAAUGACCCAGAGAUCAUGAGAAUUUAACCCAAGAGUGCAUUUGGAGCACCCAUCCUUGAAACAGAUCCCAGCCAUAAAUUCUCUGAGUGGCUUGUUUUUCCUGUGACUCUUUUUGGGUGCAGAAUGAAGAGAAUAACUGGUUUAAUAAAUAAAUGGUUUAAUUUCAGGUUUAAUGGACACAUCACCAGGAUUUUCUAUCUGUACGCCACAUCAGCAGUGAAACAGUCUUUGUCCCAUUUGUUUAGCAUGUUUAUAAGCCAAACUGCUAACUUCACAAAUUUAUUCCAGGUUUUCCAACUCCCUCUAGUGGGGUUUUCUGAAUAUGGUUUUGUUUAGAAUCCAAAUACGUAUUCCCUGAAUUUAAUUAUGUUGCAUGUUAUAUUCUUUGUAGCUUAGUGAAUGGUUUUCCCAAAAUAGGUUAGCAAUAUUAGAAAUAGUAACUGAAAACUCUUAUACAUGAGUUAAGAGUGUUGUGAACGUUUAAAUGCUUUGUUUUGUCUACCUCACUCAGAAUAUGUGUUUUAAUCAUUUAGAUUGACAAGGUUAUAUUCCAAUUAAGUGUUAUCACAUAUGUGUUUCUUAUACUUGAUGGUGUUUCUGUUAGAAAAGAUAAUUUGAUUUUUACCCCUCUAUAACUUUCAAAGAGUUUGUUAAUCCUUGGGUUGUAGAUUAUCAGUAAAAUGGCUGAUUAAAGUUUGCUUUACAUUUAAUGUUAUGGUUUGAUGCAUCUGCUCAUAAGAAACAAUAUAGUGGAUCUAGAUCGUGUGUGAUUAAAAAAAUCAUGAGUGAGUAAAUUAGAUCUAACUUGCUUAUUAAAGGUCCCAUGGCAUGCCAAUUUCACACAACUUAAAACAGUCCCCUGGUGUGUUAAAAGCAUGUCUGUGACGUCCUUCGGUCAAAAUUCGAUUUGGAUCAAUUAUUUUAGUGUUCUUUUUAUCAGCUAAAAACAGCUCCGCUCAAAAUCCUCCGUUUUGGGCCAUGUCUCUUUAAUGAAAUGAGCUGCACCUAAGCCACGUCCACUUUACACCCAUCUCUCUGGAAGGGGCUGUGGCUGUGCUCCGAUAGCCAUGUGCUAAUGUUUACAUUGGCUCGGUCAUGGCUGCAAGAAGAUCGCUCGUACAACCCUACCAGUUUGAGCCAGAGUCUGUCCCAGAGGGAGAGGCUCCGGAAGAAACUCUUAGCCGUGUUCAGACCAAACACAAAUUGAAGUGAUCUAGUCGACACAUCCUAUGUAUUAUUCAAAGCCACCAGGAGGGUCACGCUUAGCCGGGACGUCCCGUAUUUGAGCCAAAAGAGGCGCGUCACCGCACGGGUAAAUGCUAAAGCUACAUGCUGCUCCGGAGGGGGAUUUUGUCCCCUGCCGCCGGAGUUGUCAGGGAAGAAGCGAGCGGCUAAAAUACGGGAGGAUCCGGUAAACCGGCUUGGAUCCGGUGUGUUUAUCAAAGCUUGAUGGCCGUGUUGAGGCACCGGGGGGAAUCUAGGUUAAACAGUAAGUCAAAAUAAAAUGUUCAUACUUACAGAUGCCACGUUUGUAGUAGGAUCACGGAUAGUUGGUGCAGAUUCAUUCUUUAUCUUCAGACAUCUAGCAAAUCCAGCAUUGAACUGUCCCUCGUUGAUAAAACAGUCCGAAGUGAAAUGGUGCGCACAUACGUACAGAUAUUUUGGAAGUGCCGCGGGUACGUUCCCAUUAUAAAUAAAAUCCACCCAUUGAGUCCUCAAAUCCUCCGACAAGGGAGUUUUCAAAAGAGUUUUGUGCUCAUUUGUGCAGCCAACAACAGAGCAAAUGCUACCUCUUUUUCAGAUUGUACUUUCGCCAUGGUUCUAACCAGAGCAAUGUGAGCGAGCUACCGGGAAUAAUGGCGCUGUAUGGAUAAUCUUUUGGGCAGGGCAGUGGGCGGCUCCAUGGGCAGUACCAUCAACCCGCCAGCACUGACAUGACAUCAUGUCAGCGGAGUUUUCAGAACGGCUGGCUCUGAGCACACAGUUCCUAAAUAUGGAGAUAACUAAAAAACGACUGGAUGGAAUUUUUUCGAACUUGGGGGGAUUGUAGCGGUUUUCUAUCCCUGAUAUGCACCCCCCUCCCAUUAACAAAGUCAGUUUUUCAUGCCAUGGCCCUUUUAAUAUCACAAGUUAAAUUCAAUUGGCCUGUCAGCUGAUGGGCCUGCAUUGUGAACAAAGGGUGCACGAGUGCCCCCUCUUUUGGUUCAAGCCCCACAUGAAUGGAUUAAAGCACUAAGCUGACGCCAUUCGGUCUCUUAUCAUCUUUGCUCUUACUGUCUUUUUCUCUUGUGUUUUUUCUUUUGUUGGCAUUUUUGUCUCCAUACAUCGUCUUGUAAUUUUUCUCUGCGUUUUUAUUCGUCUUAAGUUUUCAGACUUUUUCAGAAACUUGGAUUUUGUUUAGUUUGCUAAUGUGACUCCUGAAGAUAAUAUUGGCUGGCCAGCGAAAUUAUUUUCUUAAGUCAUUGGCAUGAAUUAAUCAGCAGUAAAGCUAAUCCUUAACGCCUGGAGGACCAAUCAGCCUUAUCUGCCGAGCUGCGUUUGCCACAAGGUUGCAAGAGAGGAGCACUGAAGGAUGCACGGGGCGCCGGUAUUUGUGCAGAUUUCAUCUCUAGGUGUUAGUGCCUCCAUGGGCUGUUUUGUUUCCAAACUGCUGGGGGCCUAGUUGAGAAAGUUAAGACAGAUUUUGUCGUCCAAGAUCCAAGUGAUCUGUUUUCUUUCUCAGACCAACUUUCUGCUGAGUUUGUUGAGGUUAAAGUUCUUAAGAGAACUUAAGAGAAAAGCAAAUAUAGGAAUAAAACAACAGUUUCAGAGCUCAGGUAUCAGUAAACAAAUCUGAAUGAUAAUUUAAUACAAAUUGAAGAAGCUUAACAUUUUUCAUGCUCUGUAUUUGGGCUGGGAGACAAUUUUAUUAGACUUUUUCAAGUUUUUAAACUAAAUCAUUUUUUUUUAACAAGGAGUGAAAGUUUUAAUUCCUUUAAAUUAACAUGUUGUUUUUAAAAUCUGACUUUUUAAGGGCUAUGAAAAUUGUUGAUCCUCUAUUUGAAAAUGUUUUCUCUCCCAUGAUUAAACAUUAAAUCUUUUGAAUAUGUGUUCUAACUGUAUUUUCUUCAUGUUGUGUGAAUUUAAUUUGUCUAAACCUGAAGUUUUAGUUUAAAAUUUUUAGAAUUUUUAUGGUUUAUUCAUGUGUUUUCUGUGUUUGAUCCUCAGGUCGAGUUCGCAGUCUCAGCAGCUCAUUAUGGAUGCUAACUCACCUGACAGCACUUCACAUCAAUGACAACAACCUCACCCGCCUCCCCCCCGACAUUGCCAAACUGCCUCACCUGGUUUAUCUGAACCUGUCCUCCAACAAGCUACGCAGCCUGCCCGCCGAACUCGGCAACAUGGUCUCUCUCAGGUGAGCAGACAUGUAUGAAGUUGAAUAGCCGACCCAUUGAUGAUAGCUGUAUUAUUGUGUUGCUGUGUUUUUGUGUUGCAGUCUUGUCACGAUAAUGAUGUUUUUUAAAGUUUUUAAGGAUUUCAAACAUUUAAAGCCUGUUAGCACAGCACAGUGCACAGAGCAUUAACCAGAAUACAGAAACUGCAACACUCUGCAAUGUACCACACUGAAACUCGUCAUAACGCUAACUCUUCUCUCUGAACUGUUUCUGAUUUCAGGGAAUUGCUGUUAAACAACAAUCUGUUGCGAGUCCUGCCUUAUGAGCUUGGGAGACUUUUCCAACUCCAAACCCUGGGACUGAAAGGUAACCCUGACUCUCUUGUAUUAAUUCAUUGUUGAUAUCUUUAUCUUCAUCAGAAAAUAAACUCAAUUAUUCUCACUUUUAUUUCUCAGUGUAAAGGGUUUUUAAAAAACUGUUUGUUUGUUUGUUUUUUUUGAUGUUGUAAUUUCUGAAUAUUUUAAAGCGUGUGUGUGUCUGUGUGUGUGUUUGGGGGGGUAUCUACUUUGGUAGAUGGUGUCCACACUACAAGUUUCAAAUCAUAAGGUAAACGUAUUUUUUCAUAAUCUGAGAAGGUAGAUAUAAACUGCUCAGAUCGGGCAAACGCGAGAAAAUACAGACCGUAAUCAAUAUGUGAGAUUCAAAAAAAUUCUUUUAGGAUAGGAUUAUAGUCUCUCCCUCAUGGUUCAUCUGAACUUCCAGGACGGCCUGCCUCCAACAGCGUGUGAGGUGACACUCACAGCAGAGCUGGGUAAUGCUGCUCAUGUGAUUAACCACAGUAAAGGAGGCGGGACCAAAACAUGGAGCUCUGCCUCACCUGGGGAUUCCACUGGAUCUGGAAUGGCUCAGCUCUGCUCCAGACCGGCAGGCAGAUCAAAUACGCAAGCAUACAGCAGCCAAAAGCACAUAGUAGCUACAACAGCUACACAAAAAGGGCACCCAAUAGAACAUAAUAAUAAUUGAGACUUAACAACCGGAUCUGAUCAACCUCCACCUAAGGAGGAGAGGUUAAGAACAGUUCAAUGUAUUGACUCUAUUUUAUUUUGAAAAUUAACCAGAUAUUUUACUCUGUAACCACAUACAACAUACAACCGCUGCUGCUCAUGCUGCAUUGCACUGAAUUGAUGCGCCGUGCCGCGACAUCCGGCAGGAAUAGAAGCCUUGCGUAUUUGAUCUGGCCACCAGAGUUUUGCCCGUAAAAGACAGCAGCUUAAACAAAGCUUUUUAGAUGGACACUGAAAUAAUGAUAUUUUAUCCCACCAGAGGGAGAAACAGGAGGCUGUUUUUGAUCUGAAAAUCGUGUAAAGAUAUUGAAGAAGAAUCAGAGAGCAAGUUUAAAGUCAGACAAAAAUGAACAAUACCCCCUCUUUAAAGAGUCUAUUUGUUUCUGAAGGAUGGAGACAGGUUUAUAUGACAUCCUGCUUCAAAUACUCUUAUCAAAUAAAUAGAAGUUAAUUUUGCGUCUAUUUGCAGGUAACCCUCUUUCCCAGGACAUCCUAAACCUGUACCAGGAGCCUGAUGGAACACGAAAACUGCUCAACUAUAUGCUUGACAAUCUGGCAGGUAAAUUCAUUUAAACAUCUUCAACAGCUCCUUCACAGGUGAACACACAAAAAUAUGAGAUCAGGUUUUGUCUGUAGUAACCAGGUAAAUCGGAGAAUGUGUGUUCAUCACUGAUUAAUGUUUUUUUCCAUUCUCACUUGUACCUGUAACAGUUCAUCCUGAGCAGCUUCCUCAGAGACCAUGGAUCACCCUGAAGGAGAGAGAUCAGACGAGUCCAACAGGUAAGAUCUGCUCUCAACUGAAUACCUGAGUGUCCUGAUAUCAGACUGUAUAUAAGCAGGUAGCAUGUUAAAGAAAAGGUGUUUUGUAAUCAUCACAAGCAUUCAUACCUUUUUUUUUUUUGUCUACCAGAGUGAAGGUGUACUGACUGAAUUUGAAUCAGCUGUUCAUUCGUCAGACAUUUAAAGGGGCCAUGGCAUGAAAAACUGACUUUGUUAACGGUAGGGUGGUGCAUAUCAGGGAUAGAAAACCGCUACAAUCCCCCCAAGUUCAAAAAAAUUCCAUCCAGUCGUUUUGUAGUUAUCCCUGUAUUUAGGAACUGUGUGCUCAGAGCCGGCUGUUCUGAAAACUCCACUGACAUGACGCCAUGUCAGUGCUGGCGGGUUGAUGGUACUGCCCAUGGAACCGCCCACUGCCCUGCCCAAAAAAUUAUCUAAACAGCGCCAUUAUUCCCGGCCGCUCGCUCGCAUUGCUCCGGUUAGAACCAUGGCGAAAGUACAAUCUGAAAAAGAGGCAGCGUUUGCUCUGUUGUUGGCUGCAAAAACGAGCACAAAACUCUUUUGAAAACUCCCUCGUCGGAGGAUUUGAGGACUCAAUGGGUGGAUUUUAUUUAUAAUGGUAAUGUACCCGCGGCACUUCCAAAAUAUCUGUACGUAUGUGCGCACCAUUUCACUCCGUACAGUUCAACGCUGGAUUUGCUAGAUGUCUGAAGAUAAAGAAUGGAUCCGUACCAACUAUCCGUGAUCCUAAUACAAACGUGGCAUCUGUAAGUAUGAACGUUUUAUUUUGACUUACUGUUCAGCCUAAACUCCCCCCGGUGCCUCAGCACAGCCACCACGCUUUGAUAAACACACCGGAUCCGCGCCGGUUUACCGGAUCCUCCCGUAUUUUAGCCGCUCGCUUCUUCCCCGACAACCCCGGCGGCGGGGGACAAAAUUCCCCUCCGGAGCAGCAUGUAGCUUUAGCAUUUACCCGUGCGGCGACGCGCCUCUUUUGGCUCAAAUACGGGACCUCCCGGCUAAGCGUGACCCUCCUGGUGGCUUUGAAUAAUACAUAGAAUGUGUCGACUAGGUCGCUUCAAGUCGCGUUUGGUCUGAACGCGGUUAAGAGUUUCUAACGGAGCCUCUACCUCUGGGUCAGACUCUUGCUCAAACUGGUAGGGUUGUACAAGCGAUCUUUUUGCAGCCAUAACCGAGCCAGUGUAAACAUUAGCACAUGGCUAUCGGAGCACAGCCACAGCCCAUAUACUGUAUAAACUAUGGACAACCUGGUUCCGCCUUCCACCUGUAUACAGAUUUGAAGCCAAAAAGCUCUCAGUAAUUCCGGGUUUUUCUCCACUUCCUUGAAACCAGAGCUGCGCAGUAGCGAUGCACGCAUUAGGCCGCGCAGUUGCCGAGAGUCCCUGUGAUGACGCUCGGCUCAAACAGCGUAUCCCCCCGGGUGAGCUACGCAAUCCCUGAACGCCCAUAGGCUGUACCAGGUGUCAAUCAUAGAAAACACGAACCCCCUUAUAACUUUUAAAAAUGGAGCUGUACAGAAAAAAAAGGACUUGAGCACAAACCAGUCUUACAAUAACUACAUGUCAACAUCACAAGCAGGGGGGAGAAAAAUGUAUGUUCUGUGUUAUAAAUUUCGAAAGUUUGUCCACAGUCCCAUAAGCUUUGCUGGCAGAGGCGGGAUUUAUGACCCGUACUGCAGCCCACCAUCAGAGGGUGCUGUUCUCGGAGUGGCUUCACCCAGCGAGGAGGCAGACUCUGUCCAUUCUAUAUACAGUCUAUGCCACAGCCCCUUCCAGAGAGAUGGGUGUAAAGUGGACGUGGCUUAGGUGCAGCUCAUUUCAUUACAGAGACUGAGGUUUUUGAGCGGAGUUGUUUUUAGCUGAUAAAAAGAGCACUAAAAUAACUGAUCCAAAUCGAAUUUUGACCGAAGGACAUCACAGUCAUGCUUAUAACACACCAGGGGACUAUUUUAAGUUGUGUGAAAUUGGCAUGCCAUGGGACCUUUUAAAGUUUCAAUAUUUUUAGCUUUCAUUUUAAAAUUCUUCAAAGUUUUUUAAUUUAAUUUUAUCCUCAUAAUGAAAUAAAACUAAAAUGUCCUCCUCCUACUUACCCCCCCCCCCCCCCAUCUCCUUCUCCUCAUCUCCUUACCAGCUGCAUUCACCGUCAUGUGUUAUAAUGUGUUGUGCGAUAAAUAUGCCACACGGCAGCUCUAUGGUUACUGUCCAUCCUGGGCGCUCAGCUGGGAAUACCGCAAGAAAGGCAUCAUGGAGGAGAUUACGCACUGUGACGCUGACAUCAUUAGCCUACAGGUAAACACUGUAACAACUGUAAACAAUUGAAGAAGAUAAACAAUACUACAAAUAAUAAUAAAAGAAAGGGAGAAAUAAAAAUACUGAUUGCUGAAAUCCUGAAAUACCGAGAGAUCUAAUUACUGGAGAUCAACAUGAUGGGUGCAGAUGGCAUUAAGGUGCAUAGAUAAGUCGGCAAACAGGAGUCUGGCUGAGGUAUUAGGGUGGUCCAUGUGUUCCUGGAGGGUGUCAAGGAUGUAUAUUUUGGCAUUGUCAGCAUCCCAGUUUGUGUGGUAUGUGAACUGGAGAGGAUCUAUCACUAAGUUAGUUGCACCCAUAAUGAGGUGUUUUAUAAUCUUCUCCAUUGAAUCCAUCACAAGGAAGGUGAGGGCCACAGGUCUGAGGUUGUUGAGUGCUUAGGUGGUAUUCUUCUUUGGGAUGGGGAUGAUUGUGGUGUGUUUCCAUGGCUGGGGGACUGUUGCAGUAUCAAAAGACCUCUGGAACAUGGUCUUAAAAGCACCUCCCAGCUGCUUGGCACAGUACCUUAGAGCAUGACUGCUGAUGUUGUCUCGGCCAGGAGAGCUAGUGUCUUUGGUAUUCCUAGGGGCUCUUGCCACAUCCUCACCAAGGUACAGGCAGAGUCACUGGGUUUGAGUGUAUUUUAACUUUGUCAAUUUGCAUGGCAUCGUCCUUCUUAAAUCUGUUGUAGAAGAAGUUGAGUUCAUUCUGUCAAGAGGUGCGGUUGCUACUCUCCACUGGAAUGGUGUUUUUGCAGAUGGCAGUGAUGUUUUUAAGGCCCUGGAGAUCCCAUGAGUGAAUUUUGGCUCCACCUUGUUCUUAUAAUGCAGCCUGGCAGCUUUAAUGACAUGCUUGACUUCUCUAUUGACAUCUUUUUUUCUCCAGAUCAAAGCCAGUAAAGAAAACUCCCCUUUUUGUCUUAGGUGAAUUAAAAUGCUUUCAGAGUGAGACAUAACUUUCCUGCUCAGCUUAUAGGGAUUUAAAAUUGUAUUUUCAGUUGCUCACUUUACAUCAAAUUUCACUCCAAAAGGAUCUUUAAUGUUUCUGUCAGAGUAAUGUGUAAUGUUUUGUGUGUGUGAUUGUGUGUGUGUGUGUGUGUGUGUGUGUGUGUGUGUGUGUGUGUGUGUGUGUGUGUGUGUGUGUGUGUGUGUGUGUGUGAGUGCAUGUGUGUACGUACGUGUGUGUGUUUGCAUCUGUAUGUGUCCAUGUAAAUCAGGAAGUGGAGACAGAGCAGUACUACACUCUGUUUCUGGAAACCCUAAAGGUUCGUGGGUAUGACGGGUAUUUCUGUCCGAAGUCUCGAGCUAAAUUGGUCUCUGAGGCUGAGAGGAAACACGUGGAUGGCUGUGCUGUUUUCUUUAAGACACAGAAGUGAGUCAAAGUUCUUAUUUUGUUCUUUGUUGAGCAUGAUCUGUGUGGCCCUGAUUUUAUUUAGCUCUCUGGCUGUUUUUUGUUUAAAAUCAGUUUCUUAUUCUGACUCAUGUCUGCGACUGCCAGAAGAUUCCACAUGUUUCAUUAGAUUUUUGAGGUCUGCACUGAUCUUGCUAUUUCUGUGGACUUAACAGGUUCACUUUAGUUCAGAAACAUACAGUCGAGUUCAACCAAGUUGCCAUGGCAAACUCUGAGGGGUCAGAAGUCAUGCUGAACAGAGUGAUGACCAAAGACAACAUUGGGGUCGCUGUGCUGUUAGACGUCAACAAAGGCAUUUUCUGUGGAGGUAAAAACAACAGAUAGACGAACUAACCAUGCAUUUCCUAAUCUUGCUAGAUUAACAAUUCAACCAAUCAAUGAAUCAGUUCAUCCCCUGUGUGACCAUUCUCUCAUUUGAUCAGUUACUCAAUCAAUAAUUCAAUUGAAGACAGGUUUUCUUGAAAUAUUUCUGUUGACACAGAUCUUCUAACAGUGAUAAAUUUGAACGCACAGAUCUGUUUAUUUUCAGCCAAAACAAAAACCAAACAGUGUUGGGUAAGAAAAAAAAGAAACUCAGAGAGACUGUGAUCAAUUUAAACUGGUGCUUUGAAAAAUAAUUAAACUCAUUUAACUAAAAGGAUGAAAUUGGUUCUCCAUCCCAUUAAACAGCUUCUCUGACAGAGAAUCGUAGCACUGUAACAUAAUCAAAUAGGGUGUCUGAUAGAUUCAAACAGUUACUCUGGGUAAACAAAAAACAGUUUUACAGCAGAAUUUAAUUUAUCAACUUAAAAAAACGAAAGUUAUAUAUGUAACUAAGGUUCUAUAGAUCCCGUAUGACUGCCAGAGGCGGUGCUUUAAGCACUGAAUGAUUCUCUUCGUGCAUGCGCAGUUCGAGCAUUUGUACCAAAAUAGUCACGCGUGACCCCAGGAUGAACCGGAGGAAGUUAUUUCUUCCACCGGUCACCGAGGGUUCAGUCCCUACAGAACUUUCUCACCAGAACACGAGGGUUCUGAGUGACGGAGUGCUCUGGCGGUCAUUUGGGAUUCAUAGAACCUUAGUUACAUACGUAACUUUCGUUCUAUUUCAUCCCUUCUGACCGCCAGAGGCGGUGCUUUAAGCACUGAAUGACUCAUACUUGGAAAGUCACGAGGAACCCCAAUUACAAACUCUGGAAGGAGAACCACACCCAAUGAGUGGGGAGUGGCCACGUUCACCCUAUAGAAUCUUGAGAACGUGCCUGAUGACGCCCACAAGGCAGUGGAGCAGAUCUCCUCGAGGGGAACUCCUCUAAGGGCAGCCCAUGAAGUGGAGACACUCCUCGUUGAGUGGCACCGUAUCCUGGAUGGCGUGGGAUGGUUACUAGCCUGAUGGACGUGGCUGAUCGUGUCUACGACCCAGUGGGACAGGCGCUGCUUUGAAAGAGCGCUGCCUUUAUUUGGGCCACCGUAACAUACGAAUAGCUGAUCCGACUGGCGAAUACGUGCAGUGGCUCCGAUAUAGGCCCUGAGGGCCCGCAUCGGGCACAACAGCUCCAGCUUGUCUGUCCUCUCCCCCGGUGGAGGGCUAAACUGGGCCAGCCUAAUAGGUUGGUUCAGGUGUGCCGUCGACAGUACCUUUGGUAGGAAGGGCGUGUUGGGCCACAGAGUGACACCUGAUCCGUCUGGGUUCCACCUCAGACACGAAUCACUCAUUGACAGGGCAUGCAACUCACCGAUGUGCUUUGCGGAGGUGAUGGCUAUGAGAAAGGCCGUCUUGCAGGACAACCACUUUAAUUCCGUGCGUGACAAGGACUCAAAAGGAGCCUUGCAUAGGGAGUCCAGUACAAGAUUGAGGUCUCAUGCUGGUGCUCUUGGGGCUCUUGGAGGAUUUAAUCUCUGAGCCCCCCUGAGAAAGAGCGACACCAGACGGUGGCUUCCCACUGUGCAGUUGUUGACCCCAGUGAGCUGGGAGGAUAUUGCUGCCACGUACACUCUUAACGUAGAAGGGGUCCGGCCCUUAUCGAGGAGACCUUGCAGGAACUCCAGGAUUGCAGGCACUGGGCAGUGAGCUGGGUCCUUGCCCCGGACCCUACACCAGUUAGGGAACAUCUGCCACCUGUUCUUGUACUGCAGCCUGGUGGAUGGUGCCCUCGCGUUCAAGAUGGUAUGAUGAACCGUCUCUACACAGCCGCUCAGCAGCGGCUCGGGCCCCCCAACGGCCAAACGCACAGCUGGAGGCGUUGUGGGUCUGGAUGCCAUAACCGCCCCCCUAGCUGCGAGAGCAGGUCCGUCCUGGCAGGGAGGCGCCAUGGCGUCCCGUGACAGAGUUGGUGGAGGAGGGGGAACCAUAUUUGCCCUGGCCAGAAAGGGCCCACCAGGAGAACGGUGUGGCCCUCUUGAGCUACUCUCCGAAGGACCUGGUGAAUUAGAGGGGGAGGUGGGAAAGCAUAGACAAGCGCUCUCGGCCAGGGGUGGGAAAACGCAUCUUGGCCCAGAGGGCUGGUUGUCUACGCUAGGGAGAACCAGAGCGGGCAGUGGGUCGAUGCCUCUGAGGCCCUGCUGAAGUGGCUCCAUAUGGUGUGCACCACGUCUGGGUGAAGGCGCCAUUCUCCUGAUGAAGGCUUCUGGCGGGAGAGAAGGUCUGCCACCUGGUUCUGCUCUCCCGGUAUAUGCAUGGCCCGCAGGCUCAUCAGGCGAGGGGCUGCCCACGUCAGGAGGUCCCUUAACACCUGUAGCAGCCGCGCAGAUUUUGUACCACCCUGAUGGUUUAUGUGGUAUACGGUCGAAGUAUUGUCCGACCGAACAAGAACAUGUCUGCCUGCCAAAUAAGGCAUAAAGUGCUUUAGGGCCAAGUGCACCGCUUUUAGCUCCAGCACAUUGAUGUGGUUGCAGUGGUCUGCCACAGACCACUGUCCCCGAGCUGUCCUGCCCUGCCACACUGCGCCCCAGCCCAAGGGGCAGGCGUCCGUGGCAACGGUCUCCCUGCGGGACGGGAUGGCCCCCAUAGGGACACCCCUUACAAUGUAGGCCCUGUCCCUCCAUGGGGCUAGAGCAAGGAGGCACUGCCGUGACACGACAAUCUUCCGGUGCCUGUGUCGCUCUGGAUCUAGGUAGAAACUGUUCAGCCACCUUUGCAGGGGCCGUAGUGCCAGCAGGCCCAGCGGCACGACGGCCGUGACAGACGUCAGCAUGCCCAAGAGGCGGAGGAAGGUGAGGAGUGGCAGUCGCCUGCCUCUCUUGAAGGAUGGCAACAGCCUUAAGAUGCCGUCCACCCGGCUGGGGGAAGGACGUGCCACCAUCGUUCUGGUGUCUAGGACCAGACCGAUAAAGGUUAUGCUGUGGGAAGGUACCAGGCAGCUUUUCUCUGCAUUUACCUUGAGUCCGAGGCUCGCCACAUGGGACAGGGGGUGUGAUAUCUCCUCGGCUACCUGCGCCUGGGAUGGAGCGCAGAUCAGCCAAUCGUCUAGAUAUGGCAGUGUCUUGGUGCCCUGGGACUGCAGAGGUUGGAGUGCAGCAGCCACUACCCUGCUGAACACUCUCGGGGAGAGGGAGACCCCAAAUGGGAGCACACGGAAUUGCCAGUGGCAGCCUCUGUAGGCAAAUCGCAGGAACUGGCAGUGUUGCCUCCCUAUGGGGACAUGAAAGUAAGUGUCUUUCAGGUUGACAGAUGUGAACCAUUCGCUGUGGACAACGGACUGUAGCACAUCCGCUGUAGUCAACAUAUGAAAAGGCAAGGUCUUUAAGUACCUGUUCAGUCCCCUCAAGUCCAGGAUUGGCCGGAAUCCACCGGUCUUCUUCAUGACAAGGAAGUAUGCAGAGUAGAACCCCCUGGGAUGCUGCAGUGGGUCCACUGCCGCGAUGGCACCCUCGGCCAGGAGGGCGGAUAGCUCCUAAUUGAGAGCAAGGGCUUUUGCUGGGUCGGCAAUGAUGGUAAUCUUGACCCGGCUGGCUGUGGGGGGCCGGCGUCGGAACUGCAGCUUGUACCCAUGGGUUAAGGUGGUAACAACCCACGGGUCUGAACCUUGUGCAGCCCAGCGUCUGAGCUGCUGCUGUGUAAAGUAUCCGACGGCCGGCCCCCCGGGCUCAACGUCUGCCCCCCCCGGCCCCUAGGGGCCCUGGGAGCGGGGGGUCCACCAGGGUCCAGGGCUCGAAACUGCCUAGAAGGCAGGCGGCCUGAGCCCCGAGAGUCCCGGGUCUGCCUUUGCGUAGGCCGCUGAGGACGCUGAUCCCUACUCGGAGCUGGUGGAAGCCGGACUCCAGAGGCGGCUGGGGGGCCCCUGCCCCUGCCGGAGGGAGGCCUGCUGGGGGGUGGCAUGCGGCGCAUGCUCAGCAGCUGCUGCCUGGUCUGCCCAGCCUGGAUUGUUUGCUCCAGCGCCUCUAGAGCACGUGGGCCAAAAACUGCUCCUGGCUCGACAUGGAGAGCUCGAAGCGUUUUCCUGGACGCCUCAGUCAAGCCUGACUGAGAGAGCCAGACCUGUCGUUGAGCCUGUACCAGGUAGGAAAUUGUCCUCCCAAGCUCUCUGGACAUAAGGCCGAAUGCCUCCAGUGCCGCGUCACAGAAGGUGACAGGUUCCUUGUCUGUAUAGCCCUCCUGCAGAGACGCUGACAGGGCAAGCAGGAGGUGCGACAAAGAGUUCCCAAUCCUAGCAGCACAUGCUGCCGCAUCGUAGUCCCUGAUGAGCAGGUCGUCUGUUAGCCUGCACUGUGGACGGGGACACCUUGUGUCCCGUCGCAGAGCCUCGUCGGGGGGGACAAUAAGGGAGGCAAUACUGGGCUCAAUGGCCGGCAUGUGAUCCAGGCCGACCCCUGCAGUGUCGUGCAUUGCCACCAGGGUACGGCCAUCUGCCGAGAGGCGGGAGCAAGCCUUGGAGUCUCUCCAGCAGGCGUGCAGCUCCUUUAUAUAGUCCUCUGCAUGUGGGACAGCAAAUGCAGUGGAGGUUGGCCUGCGCCUGAAGAAGGCGCUCGCAGGGGCUGGCUCUGCCUGCUGCUGUAUAGGCAGACCUAAUCGCUCCAAGGCCAUCCGCAGGAUGGCGCGCAUGGAGCCGUCCUCCUCUGGCAACAAAGUCUGAGCCGAGGAGUGAGAGCCCUGAUUGGACACCUGGGAGACCCCGUGUGUCAGGGGUCCCCCUCAAGUGCCUCCCUAAGAUGUUCAGGUCCAAGGCAAGCUGGGCAGCGGUCAUGACCCUCAUCUGGCUGGAGGCCAACCUGACAUGAAGCACUGUGGUGGGUGCUAUCCAUCACACUGAGCAGUCCCAACUAUGCCAGGGCGCUGACGCUACUGGUCGCUGGGCAGUAGACGCCAUGAGCUGGGGGGAGGGAGCGCAAACGCUGCCUGCACCAGCGGAGGCUAGCUUUAGCUGGAUGGAAGGUUGCUUAUACUGGGGGGAGGGAGCGCUCACGCUGCCUGUACCAGGAGGGAGUUGCACUUAAGCUGACAGUAAUGGCCCACGGACAACAAAAUUAGCCAAAUAAAUAAAUAAAGAAAGAAAUAAGGCUAUUCAGCAAACAGAAAAGCACUUAAAGUGCCCAGGGCGCUAACGCAACUGGCUAUAGUGGUCGAUGCCAACAAAAUAAUGCUAUCCAGCAAAAGAGCACUCAAAGUGACCAGGGUGCUAACGCAACUGGUAAAAAUGGCCAAUGCAAACAAAAUAAUGCUAUCCAGCACAAGAGCACUCAAAGUGACUAGGGCGCUAACCCAACUGGUUGUAAUAAUGGCCAACACCAAACAAAUACAGAGCUAUUCAAAAGGACACUUCUGGCACCCAGAGCGCUAACGCAACUGGAACCGAUAGCCACUGGACAAACAAAAGACAGAUACUGAGGUCGACUACAACCAACGAUAGCGUCGGCUGACGCCGGAUGGCGACAACGUUUACUGGUGCGAGGAGAACUAGCUUUGGCCUUGUUUUUUUUGACAACAAAAAGAACAAAACGAGCAGACCUUUAGCUAUAGCAAGUAACCGAAAUGUCACGCUAACGCUCAUGGUACGCAGUUGUAUGCAGGGGGGAGGUGUUGCGCACACAGCCUCUACCAGCAUAGGUUGUGACUUGUAAAACAAUGCAAGUCCGCUCAACAAGCUUAGUACAACAGCAACCUACCUUGUCCGGAGGAGAGGGGGACGACGUCCCUUCCUUACCGGGCGAACGCCACAGCAUCCGACAAAGUUGGUGAAGCUCUGCUCAGUCGGAGAUAAACAGUAGACAUAAAGAGCAACUCAAAGGAAGUCACAGUCCCUGGAGGGCGAUUUUCGCUACCCAGACCUACGUCCAUGGGACUACCAGCGACUUGACACACAGAUUAAGGUAGGUUUGUUAGAAAAAUGUCGCUCCUCGCAAGUUUGCAACUUGCGAAAGAAAAAGGGACUGAACCCUCCGUGACCGGUGGAAGAAAUAACCUCCUCCGGUUCAUCCUGGGGUCACACGUGACUAUCUUGGUACAAAUGCUCGAAAUGCUCAGUACUUGAAGCACCGCCUCUGGCGGUCAGAAGGGAUGAAAUAGAACCUUUAUUUAUGCCCUCACGGUCAUUACUGACAUGGAUGGAAACGUGGGGUGAACAUGCACAAUUUUAUAACUUUGGAAGUUUUUUCGGAUUACUUACCUAUUUCUGUGUUUGCUUGACAUAAAAUACCUCUUAUAUACUGUAACUUGACUCAUCUUUUUUCACCUCUUUGUAAUUCUUUUCUUCUUUUUUACCCUCAGGUGUGAAGCCUCCUCAGGAAAGGCAGCUGAUUCUAGUGGCAAAUGCGCACAUGCACUGGGACCCUGAGUUCUCUGAUGUCAAAUUGAUCCAGACAAUGAUGUUCCUCUCUGAGCUGAAGAGCAUUGCUGAGCGUGCUUCAGGUUCAAUGGCAACUGGCUCUCCAUCAUCAGACCCCUCAUCCAUCCCCAUUGUCCUCUGUGCUGACCUCAACUCGCUGCCUGACUCUGGUACGGCAGACUCGCUCUGUGGUCUUAGUUUUUAAAAGUAUAUGUAUUAUUAAAAGUUUCUGAACUAACAACCUUCAAUCCAAACAUUAAAACAUUUGAUCUAAUCAUUAAAGAAAUCAUUUAAGCAUUUUGCUUUUUAAAUUUACUCAUCUAAAAUUACAGACUCUUUCUUAAACACUCUUAACAUUUCUGCUCUUGACAGAAUUUAGAUUUGUGAAAUUGAGAAUGCAGCAUUUGACCCGCAGGUGUGGUGGAGUACCUGAGCAACGGUGGGGUGGCUGACAACCACAAAGACUUUAAGGAGCUGCGCUACAACGAAUGUCUAACCAACUUCAACUGCAAUGGUAAGAAUGGCAACUCAGACGGCAGCAUCACCCACAACUUUCAGCUGAAGAGUGCGUAUGACAGCAACCUGAUGCCUUACACCAACUACACCUACGAUUUCAAGGUAAACAUGUGACUUUAGCAACUUCUGCAAUGCUGCUUCCUUCAGAGAAAUAAAUAUCUCUCAAAAAAAUCUGAUUUCUUUUACUUUCAGAAUUAGUUCUUCGAGAAUAAAACCAGUUUUCAGUUUUUUAUGAUGAACAGAUUCAGUUUAUACUUCGUACAAAUAAGAUGAUUCUUUCUCUGCUGUGAAUAAAAAAAAUAAUAUUGAAAACACUUAUGUCCUGUUUUAUUAAGAGACUUUAUGAGAACUUAAUGACUUUAAUGAUUGCUGGUUUUGAACGCAGAUGAAUAAUUUUAAAUAUUAUUGAUAGUGUAAAUGAUUUUCUGUUUUAAAAACAGCUAUUGGUAUAAAUGUUGUCUGUUUCCUUUGUACCUGCAGGGUGUGAUCGACUACAUCUUUUUCUCUAAGACUCAUCUAAGCGUGCUCGGCCUGUUGGGACCUUUGGACAGUCAAUGGCUGAUCGAUAACAACAUCACUGGCUGCCCCCACCCCCACAUCCCCUCAGACCACUUCUCUUUAUUAUCCCAGUUGGAGCUCAAGUCUCCUUGCCUUUCCCCCUCUCUCAACGGGCUGCACCUGCCAGCCCACAGGUAGUGCCACCUGAGAAAGCUGCCCGCCUCCUGAUUCCACCUGAAACACUGCCCCUCCACACACACACACACACACCUAACUCAGCCCCUCAGAUUUAUACACCUUCCACCCCUCAACCCUUUGAUGAUUUAUCCAGUUUCAACCCCAGGAUUAUACAGCCCCGCUCCCAGGUGUAAAGAGGUCCAUAAAGUUUCUUGAUCAUGUGACACUUACAGGGAUGAAGUAUCAGCCUAAUCGUUGCUCCUGCUUUUGUUUUGCACACUAAAAACAUUUAAUAUAUUAAUCCCUUUAAAUGGGAGAUGGUGAAAGUCAGUAUACACAUUAAAACAGAGUAAAAUACAUUAAAACAGUGAAAAGACAGUGAACUGUACAAAAUAAAGUAAAAACUGUAAAAUCAUAGCGUAAAGAUGUUUUACCAAGUUAAAACAGAGUUUGUAAAGCCAAAAAUUGGUGAAAUUGAAGUUGCCAUGUUAACUACUGAUGUCAGUCAUUUUUUUUAACGCCACAGUCAAGUCAGUGUUUGAGACAUUUAUGUCCUGUUUAUAUCACCACCUUUGGAACCGAAACUUUUAUCUCUGAAAUUUACAGACAGAUUUUGUAAAAGAAGAAAAGUUAGGAAGAAAAAUGAGGUUCAAACCAAAAAACUGAAUUCAAGAACAUAAAAAAAAACAUCCAAAGUUUCAUAAAUAAAAAUUCUGAUGGGAAGUAGAGCAGAGAAACAUGGAAAAACAACAUUAUGUAGAAGAACAUAGAACGGACAACAUAGAGAAGAAUAUAGAACAGGAGGAAAUGGUCUGACUUCAAGUGUUUGUUUCCUUGUUUAAUACUUAUACUUAUUCUCACAUUGUUCUUGUCUCUGUUGCUGUCUUCAGAAACAUCUUGGUUCUUGUUUCAGUUCUCAUCUUGUUCUUGUCUUGGUUACUGUCUUAGUUCCUGUCUUUGUUUUUGUCUUUGUUCUUGUUUCAUUUCUUGUCUUGAUUCUUUUCUUUGUCCCUGUCUUGGUUCUUGUCUUUGUGUCUGUCUUGGCCCUUGUCUGUGUUCCUUUCUUGGUUCCUGUCUUAGUCCGUGUAUUUGUUCCAGUAGAGUGACCAUAUUCUGAAUCCCUCAGAAACCUUCAAAAACUACGCAGGGCCAAGUUUUUGAGGGUUUUUCAGGUCAGUUCAAGUGUUUUUUACGCGCUUCUAACUCAGUUAAAUGCAUAUUCUGAACUCCCAAAAAGAUACUUAACCAGGCCUCUUGGAGAUACUGUAAAAUACUGACACAACGUUGCAUUUUUAAACAAUAUAUUCCUUUAUCUAAAGCAUUUCUCCUCAACAAAAUUAUCAGUCACAUAUAAAUAUUUCUCUCUUUUCUUUCGCUCACUGGCAGAUAGGGCAUGCGUGGGUCAGUUUGCUUAGAACUGAUCCGGCGGCAGAGCAGCAGAGAGCACUGAUGUGCUUCACUGUUUUAUAAUGAAUGAAUAAAUGUUAAGAGUGUUUCCAAAUGAGUGUUUUCCAAAUGAACCAUUUAACAUUUACAGUAAAUACAAUGGUCUGUGAUGCAAAGAUUAUGUAGAUGCUACACAAACUCAAAACUAUGGAAGCCUGUUUCCACCAGUGAAAAAAAAAACAGGUUUCGUCUUUAUUUUUUUUUGGUUUUCUGUCAGCUGACUGGCCAAAGAAUUGUUUAAGCAGAAACUUAAUCUCACACUAUUUUCAUAUUAAAGCAUAAGUUAUAUUUAUUUACUGUUUUGGCAGCAAAAAUGUGUUGUAGGGACUUUGAUCAGGAGGAUGGGUUACCAAAGGAUCAAAAUGAAACUCCUUAUUAAGGUGAUUUCAGUGAAUCUAAACUUUGUAUAUUGUGUCACAUGACUUGACUUUCAGCCCUUGACUCAGAUUUAACCUUAGGGCUACGCUCUACACCAGUCAUGCCUCUUUGAGACUCCUAGAGUCACAUACUUCAAACAAAACCAUCACAAAACGACUGACAUACUGAUACUACUGUGGGUGCAGGAAGUAUUGGUUUGUGUAUUCUUGGUUUUUAUCUGUCUGUUGUAAGCAGCAACGUUCAGAUUAAAUCCAAUUACCUCCCUCUGUUUUAAAGUUAUAGAUUUUUAGUUUAAAUCCAAUUACCUCCCUGUGCUAUAAAAGUUAAAUGUUAAGUUUAAAUCCAAUUACCUCCCUCUGUGUUAAAGUAAUUUGGUCAGAUUAAAUUUUAUUACCUCCCUCUACUAUAAAAGUUAAAUGUUCAGAUUAAAUCCGAUUAAAUCCCUCUGUUGUUAAAGUUAAAUUUUUGUAUGAAAUCCAGUUACCUCUCUCUGCCAUGAAGUUAAAUGUUUAGAUUAAAUCUGAUAACAUCCCUUUGUUGUUAAGUUAAAUGUUGAAAUUAAAUCUGAUUACCUCCCUCUGUUAAGAAGUUAUAUGUUCAGAUUAAACCAAUUUUCUUUCUCUGUUAUAAUGUUGUAUGUUCAGAUUAAUUUGGAAUACCUCACCCUAACAUAAAAGUGAUCUUCAGAUAAGGGUAGAUUAGUCAUUCAGAUUGAACCGGUUGGCCUACAAUUUGCUCUUAUGAGAAUAUUUUAGAAUAAAUUUCUAAUUUUAGGAUCAGCAGGGCAAUUUUUAACUCAUGAAGGUUUUUUUUCAAAGUGAUAUGGUGGCAUCUCUAAUCUAUGAACUUCCUGUUUGGUGGAGUUUUUUCGGAGCAUGUUCAGGCUGAAACUUCACUCCUUAACUUGACUUCCCUGGUUUUGUACAUUUUAAAAGCCUUUUACUAAGAUCUGUGUGGAGACAGAAAGUUUUAAUUUUUCCUCAAAGAUUGGUGAUUUAUUUUUUCUGUGUUUCUGAUAAACUAAAUUUUAGUGAUAAAUGAACUUUGUCUGUCCUCCAAACUCUGAGAACAGACUAUUUCUUUGUUUCUUAAACUUUUUCUGUCUCAACACAACAUGCAAUCUUUCAUGGUACUUUGUACAGUUCAGUUUUACAGUAUUUUUGAAAAAAAAAGAUAAAUAUUGAGGUUUAAAAGCAUUUUGUCUCAAUGGCUUUUUAUUUAUUUUAGCUGGAAAUGUUUACAGAUAGAGAUAAAACCUUAAAACUCUUUAAUUCUUUAUUAAGUGUCAGGCAAAUCAUCAAUAUCAACAUACAAAACUACUUAAAAAUAUUAUUUAAAUUAUACUGUAAUCACAUUGAAAUUUUCACCUUUUAUUUAUUUUAGUCUCUUUGUAAAGACAAACUUUUUUUUUUAAAAACACAGUCAAAUUCAUUAUUUGAACGACCCAAAAACUGUCAGACUAACAAACGUUAUUCCAUCUAUCAAUGUAUCUGUUCAUCUGUCUACUCUAACACCAUCCAUUCAUUUAUUCACACAUCCAUCGAUCCAUCCAUCAAUUCAUCCAUUGGUAUUUUCAGUCAUCUUUGUCUUUUUGUUCAUUAAAACAAAUUCUGGUUGAUUUAAA